AUGGAUAUAGUUUUUUCUGUAAAUCUCAUUGUGAAGAAAUCAUUGAUAGCAACAUUCUCAAAUCAUUAUGAAAUUAUUGCAAUCCAUGUAGUAAGUCGAGAAUGUGUAGGGCUGAUGAACAUGACCCAUCAUAUCCAAACAUCAUAUGAGUUAACUUCAACAAAAGAUAGCCAAACAGUUUUGUAUGAAAACAAUUCCACUUCUAUUGUUCAACUUAAAGAAUUACUAUGGGGCCAAAACAAGGGCAUAGGGUUUAGGGCUCAACAAAACCAGACAAAAGGCAAAGCAAAUCUUAUACAAUCAGGCGAGGCUGUGAAAUUUGCCGAAGAGACACAAUAUACAGGUUACACAGAGAAGAUGGCAAAAUCGAUGAGAUCGAAGAGGGAGAAGAGGCUGAGGGCCAUUAAGAGAGAGCUCGUAGAACCCAUUUACGACAAGAAAGCCGCCGCCAAGCUUGCCGCCCAGGAGGCCGCCCUCGCCGCCCCCAAGCUACCCGUAAAGUUCACUCCCACCACUUCCGCCAGCAAUAUGGAUGUCACCGCCUCAACUACCUCUUUUAUUGAUAAAAACACGGAUGUGGAGAUGACUGAUGGAAAUCAAAAUUUGAAAGCAUUGAAACCCAUCGGUAAAAAGCUGAAAAAGAAAAUCAAGAUUGCCAAACGGAAGCAUCAUGGCAAAGGAAAGAUCAGAAGGAAGCAUAAUGUUUGAAUGCAUAUAGCUACCAAUAUUAAUGAUUUCCUUGGUGCUGAAUUGAAUUUGACAUUACCUUUGUUUACAGAGGCAUCUGCUAUUCCUUCCAAUUAACCGAAGGAAGAAUGUCUAUGUUCAGGAACCUUAUUCAAACAAACCUGUCUUGCUACGUAAUGUGUAAACUAUGUCAUACUUAAUUCCUGAAUUUUUUUUUGACAGUAUUGUUGUGUUGCUUCCGUUUGAGAUCUUUUGAAUAUCAUACAAGACAGGACCUAUGAAAAUUCUCUCUAGCAUAA